UGUUGAGCCCGCCCUCCUCGUCCCGACGCUUGGUUUCAGCCUAGCUAGCUUGAAAUACCAGGAAAGGAGGACAGAAAGAGGGGAAAAGCGAAGAAAAGAUACGCGGAAAGGCCCGGAGAAUAAAAUACGUCUGGUACUCCUGAGAAAGCGCGCAAUAUUGUUAAUCUUCUAAACACCUGCCACCGCCGUGACUUUGGCUCUCUCCACCACCCUCCCCCCCCCCAUCCCCCUCCGUUUUCCUGGCUCGGUGGUUUGGUGACCUUCCACCCAUGAGCCCCGCCGCCAAUUAAAGCCCCCACCUUUGACCUUGGCCUGACCUCUCACCUCUUCUCCGCAAAGUCACGCCCCCCUGGUGAAGUGUGCAUGGAGCAGUGCGAGAGCGCUGCCGCCCUGCUGGAGUCAGUGAGGGAGCAGGAGGUGCAGUUUGAGCAGCUGACUCGAGCGCUGGAGGAGGAGAGGAGGAGGGUGGGCCUCCCCAGCCCCUCGUCCCGCCCCCUCCCCCACACACAGAACGGCCGUCUAGGUGAUGCAGACAUAGAGCGUCUGAAACUGACUGACGGCUACAUCAACGGGACCCAGUACAGGAUGGUGGACCCUGCUCACGGAGCUCUCGAUGAGAGCUACACUCCAGAAGACGACUCCCAGGAAGCGCACUCUGUGUUCUCAGAGGAGGGCACCGCGCGGCGGGCCGACAACGGGAUCAGGAAGGUGGUGACCUCUCGCACCGUCAUCCCUGACUCCAUGUCCAUCGACGGGGGCCUCUCUGUGUCCGGCAUGGGCGGCUACAGCGCCACCCUGGACCGCGCCUACAGGCAGGGGGGCGGGAUCCCCGACUACCCCAUGGCCACCGUGCCCAGGAACUACCACUACGCCCCCUCGGGGGGCUACGACGACUACAGGGCGGGGCCCCCCUCGGACACCUACGCCAGCCUGAGCAGAGGCACGCGCAUGGACGACAGAUACAGGCCCAUGGACGGUUACAGGACCCUGGACUCUGGCUACCGCGCCCCCAGCCGGCAGCAGCUGGACCCGUACGGCGCCCAGCCCCAGGUGAGCCGCGCGGUGCGGGGCGUGGGCAGCGCCCUGGAGCUGGGGGGCAUGCGCUACGCGCCGGCGCCCUACGGCAUGGAGGACGACCAGCGCAGCCUUGGCUACGACGACAUGGACUACAGCAUGGCGCCGCCGCCCAUGCACCCGGGCUACGGAACCAUGCCCCGUCUGGGGGGCGUAGUCCCGGGCACGCUGGACAGACGCAGGCUCAGGAGCUGUGAGGACACACUAGACGGCGACAUGGGCGGGGUGGACCCCUACGCCUGGGGCGUUCCCAUGGCGAUGGAGCGGGGCAGCAUGGCGUCGCUGGACAGCACCCUGAGGAAGGGCCCCCCCGGCUCCUGGAGGCAGCCCGAGCUGCCCGAGGUGAUCGCUAUGCUCAACUACCGCCUGGACCCCGUCAAGACCAACGCCGCCGCCUUCCUGCAGCACCUCACCUUCAAGAACGACAAGGUGAAGUCGGAGGUGCGGCGUCUGAAGGGCAUCCCCUCCCUGGUGUCCCUGCUGGACCACCCCAAGAAGGAGGUGCACCACUCGGCCUGCGGGGCGCUCAAGAACAUCUCGUACGGACGCGACCAUGACAACAAGAUCGCCAUCAAGAACUGCGACGGCGUCCCCGCCCUGGUCCGCCUGCUGAGGAAGACCAGGGACCAGGACCUCACCGACACCAUCACAGGCACGCUGUGGAACCUGUCGUCUCAUGACUCGGUGAAGAUGGAGAUCGUGGACCACGCCCUGCACGCCCUGGCGGACGAGGUGAUGGUGCCCCACUCGGGCUGGGAGCGGGGGAGCGACGGGGGCGAGGAGAGCUGCAAGCCCCGCCACCUGGAGUGGGAGACGGCCCUCACCAACACAGCUGGCUGCCUCAGGAACGUGAGUUCAGAACGCAGCGAAGCCCGACGCAAGCUGAGGGAAUGCUCGGGAUUGGUGGACUCGCUCAUGUACAUUGUCCAGUCACAGAUCAACCGCAAAGACGUGGACAACAAGCUGGUGGAGAACAGUGUGUGUCUGCUGAGGAACCUGUCCUAUCAGGUGCACCGCGAAGUCCCCGGCCACGAGCGCUACCUGGAGGCCACGCCCCUGAAUCAGGGUCCCGCCCCCAGCGCCAACAAGGCCAGCUGCUUUGGCUCGCGGAAGGGCAAAGAUGAGUGGUUUGCCAAAGGAAAGAAAGAUGGAGAUGAUGGAGGUGCAGAUCAGGUGGACAUUCCCAAGAGGCAAACACCUGCCAAAGGCUACGAGCUCCUGUUCCAGCCCGAGGUGGUGCGUGUGUACACCUCCCUGCUGCAGGAGAGCCAGAACCCCUCUGUCCUGGAGGCUGCUGCCGGGGCCGUCCAGAACCUCUGUGCCGGCCGCUGGACCUACGGGCGCUACAUCCGGGCCACGGUGCGUCUGGAGAAGGGGCUGCCCAUGAUGGCCGAGCUGCUGGCCCACGGGAACGACCGUGUGGUCAGGGCCAUGUCCGGGGCCCUGAGGAACCUGGCCAUCGACAACCGCAACCGCGAGCUGCUGGGCAAGCACGCGGUGCCCCACCUAGUGGCCGACCUGCCGGGGGGCCAGAGCCAGUCUGCACGCCCCCUGUCCGAGGAGACGGUGGUGUCCGUACUGAGCACGCUCACCGAGGUGCUCGGCAACAGCCUGGAGGCAGCCAAGACCCUUCGGGCCUCCCAGGGCAUCGAGAGGCUGGUGCUCAUCAACAAGGAUGGCAAGCGCUCGGACCGCGAGGCGCGCGGGGCGGGGCAGGUGCUGCAGCUGGUGUGGGGCCACAAGGAGCUGCGGAAGCCGCUGGAGAAGGACGGCUGGAAGAAGAGCGACUUCAUGGCGACCCUGGGCCCCAGCACCAACGGCCCCAGCCGGGCCAACGGCGGCUACGAGGACAGCACUCUGCCGCUGCUGGACAGAGGAGAGAAGAGGGACAUCAUCCCACUCAACGACCUAGGCCCUGAAGCCUACUCUACACUGGACCAGAGAGAGAGGAGACACACUCUAGACAACACUCUGGACAACACAGACACUUUAAAGCGAGGGGUCUAUGGGGGCAGAAAGGGCUCCUUGCCCCUCCUGGAUUCCUACGAUGGUUAGGCCCCUCCCUCUCCCCCCUCUCUCUGCAUGUUACAGCAUG